AUGGCUUCCAUCUUCCAGGCUCUCCCGCAGCUGCGCACCGCUGCUCCCCGUCUCUCGCGCCGACUGUUUUCCUGCAGACAGUGCCUCAAUUCGCCCAUUCGCUCCGCCGUCCCCGCAUCCACUCGUUCGACCCGCCCAUCUGUCUUGCAAUCGGUGAGAUGGAAGUCAACCCAGCCACUUCGCAGCAGCGCCACUAUUCAGCCAUCGAGUUCGAGUACCGUAUCGCUUGCUGAAGCUGCAGCUGCAGCAGAGGGAAAGUCGAGCAGUUUCCCCAAGACGACAUCCAAGAGCGUCGCAUACUGGCUGUUGGGUAGUGCUGCCAGCGUCUUUGGCAUAGUCGUCUUUGGCGGGCUGACCCGCCUUACGGAGUCAGGGCUGAGCAUCACCGAAUGGCGCCCUGUCACCGGCUCCUUAUGGCCCAUGAGCGAAGAAGAAUGGGCGAGCGAGUUCAACAAGUACAAGGCCUCUCCCGAAUUUGCCCUGCUCAAUUCUUCCAUGGACCUUGCCGACUUUAAGCAGAUCUACUUCAUGGAAUGGGCCCAUCGUCUCUGGGGUCGCGUCAUUGGUGUCACCAUGGUCCUGCCGACUGCUUACUUCAUCGCCCGCCGCAGGGUUACGCCCUCCAUGGCGUGGAAGCUUGUCGGCAUCUGCGGCAUGAUCGGCUUCCAGGGUGCUAUUGGAUGGUGGAUGGUCAAGAGUGGCCUCAAGGAUGACCUUUUCGAGCCAGGCAGCCACCCCCGCGUUUCCCAGUACCGCUUGACUGCCCAUCUCGGCACCGCCUUUGCCGUCUACUGCUCCAUGAUCCUCACUGGCCUCUCCAUUUUGAAGGAACACCGCAUGCUCGCAGAUCCUGCAAAGGCUGCCGAGACCAUCAAGGCGCUACAGCAUCCGGUCCUGCGUGUAUUCAGGGGUUCCGUCGUGGGUCUUACUCUCCUUGUCUUUACAACCGCCAUGUCGGGUGCCCUGGUCGCUGGUCUUGAUGCGGGGCUGAUCUACAAUGAGUUUCCUUGGAUGGGCCUGGGGCUUGCCCCACCCAAGAAGGAACUAUUUGAUCCCUUCUACAGCCACGUCCCAGACCACUCAGAUCUCUGGUGGCGCAACAUGCUGGAAAAUCCUUCUCUGGUCCAACUCGACCAUCGCAUCCUUGCCACUACCACCUUUACUGCUGUCAUGAGUCUUUUUGUCUACACUCGCUUCUCCAAGGGAGUCCGUAGCACGUUGCCCAAGGAGGCCCACAAGGGUGUCCAGGGUCUGGUCCAUCUCGUCACUCUGCAGGUUACCCUUGGUAUCAGCACUCUUAUCUAUAUGGUACCCACCUGGCUGGCGUCUGCUCACCAAGCCGGGGCGCUGGCCUUGUUGACAGGCGCUGUCGUUCUUUUCAGCAGGAUAUCCAUGCCACGACGCGCUGUCCUUCGCCAGAUUAUGAAACCACAAGCUCCUAGGACAACUGCUACACCUCAUAUUGCUUCUCGUCUGGAAGCAGCCAAGGUUGCGGAUAAGUCAUUAUAG